GUCAGAGUAAAUCAGGAUCUGAUACUCUGUGAUCCAGAAUUAGGCCAUAAUCUCAUCUGUAGGCCCCUUUGUCUUCCAACUGUGCAAGUGAGAUCUUCAGUAAAGAGGACUUAAAAGGGCAGAUCUCUAUAAGCCUGAAAAACAGAGAACCACAAUGCCUUGCUCUCCCUUCCGAAUACGAAGGCCAAAGAAGUUCUGGAAACAGGAUGGAGGAGAUACCUGCAUCUCUCACACGCUAGACCCAUCACUGUUCCAGCCGUCACUGCCCUACACUGGCCCUCCAUUCCUCAAGACUACUGAUUUAUUUGAAAUGAUUGAGAAAAUGCAGAGCAACAGAAUGGACGAGCAACGGUGCACUCUUCCUCCUCCUCUCAAAACCGAGGAAGACUAUAUCCCUUACCCCAGUGUCCAUGAGGUUCUCAGCAGAAAUAGUCCAUUUCCCUUGAUUCUGCUGCCCCAGUUUGGGGGUUAUUGGAUUGAAGGGACCAAUCACGAGGUUAGCAAUGGGACUGUCCCAGAGCAGCUCCUCUCUCCCACCUCACGCUUCAAACUGGAGUGCAACACCACUGCUAAAAUCUACAGGAAGCAUUUUCUAGGCAAGGAACACUUUAAUUACUAUACAGUGGACAGCGUCCUGGGCCACCUGGUGUUCUCCAUGAAAUAUGAUGUUAUCGGGGACCAAGAGCAUCUUCGUCUCAUGCUCAGAACUAAAAUGAAAACAUAUCACGAUGUGAUUCCAAUAUCUUGUCUGACUGAAUUCCCCAAUAUCGUCCAGAUGGCCAAGCUUGUCUGUGAGGAGGUGAAUGUGGACCGCUUUUUUCCUGUGCUUUACCCAAAGGCCUCCAGGCUCAUUGUCACUUUUGAUGAACAUGUCAUCAGCAACAACUUCAAGUUUGGAGUUGUUUAUCAGAAGUUUGGACAGACAUCAGAGGAGGAGUUGUUUGAGAAUAACGAAGAGAGUCCUGCAUUUGUGGAGUUUUUAGAAUUUCUGGGACAGAAAAUUGAGCUCCAUGACUUCAAAGGGUUUCGUGGUGGCUUGGAUGUGACGCAUGGACAGACAGGCACAGAGUCUGUGUACCACAACUUCCAUAACAAAGAGAUUAUGUUCCAUGUGUCAACUAUGCUGCCUUAUACAGAGGGUGAUACACAGCAGCUGCAGAGGAAGAGGCAUAUAGGAAAUGACAUUGUGGCAAUCGUGUUUCAAGAAGAGAGCACUCCAUUUGUGCCCGACAUGAUUGCCUCCAACUUCCUUCAUGCCUAUGUUGUGGUGCAAGUGGAGAAUGCUUGUUCUGACAAUGUCCUGUAUAAGGUUUCAGUAACAGCACGAGAUGAUGUCCCAUUCUUUGGGCCACCCCUCCCGAACCCAGCCAUUUUUAAGAAAGGGGCAGAGUUUCAUGAGUUUCUACUUUCAAAGCUGAUCAAUGCAGAGUAUGCCUGCUACAAAGCUGAGAAAUUUGCCAAAUUGGAGGAGCGCACCCGAUCUGCCCUAUUGGAGACCCUGUAUGAGGAGCUGCACAUCAACAGUCAGGCCAUGAUGGGUCUGGGAGGAGAGGAGGACAAACUGGAGAAUGGAGGAGGAGGGGGAGGGGGCUUCUUUGAGUCCUUCAAGCGUGUGAUCCGCAGCAGAAGCCAGUCUCUGGACGCCAUGGGCCUCAAUAUCAGGAAGUACACAGUCUCCAAUAGUCACAGCGGCAGUUUCACCCACAACAACAACAACCACUCACCAGAGACUCCCAAAAUCCCUGGUAUAUCAUUGCUUGUCCCAGGCAAAAGUCCCAGUAAAUAUGGACGCCGCGGCAGUGCUAUAGGAAUAGGAACCAUAGAAGAGUCUUUGAUCAUUCCUGGAAAAAGCCCAACCAGGAAAAAGUCAGGACCCUUCAGCUCUCGACGUAGCAGCGCUAUUGGCAUUGAGAACAUCCAGGAAGUCCAAGAGAAGAGUAGGGAAUGCUCUCCCAGUAUACAGAAAACACCAGACAGUGGACACGCCCAGGACCACAAGUCUGAAAACUCCUCUAAUCAGAGCUCACCAGAGGUUCUCAACACUAAGAACAGCUCAACCAUGUAUUGCCGGGCUCCUUCUAUUCCUGAGGCUCAUGACCUGUCCCGCUCCUCCUCUAAUGCCAGCAGCUUCGCAAGUGUGGUAGAGGAGAAUGAAACAGAAGCCACAGAGGACUAUGACACUGGCAUGGAGAGUCUGUCAUCAGCGGGUACUCCUCAAAAACGUGAUUCAUUAACAUACAGCAUGUGGCUGGAGGACAACAUGAGCACUGCCAGCAACAGCAGGGGGAGCUCUCCUGCCCCUGCCAAAAAUCAGCAAACGGAUGGGGGAAAGAGCCAAGAUCAGAACCGUACAGACAUCCGCAUCAAGCUCGAGCGGCCGCAUGACCACAAAUCUUCAUCUAACUGCUAGUCUCACCUGCUUGAAUGCCUCAUGGACAUCCACCAACAGCAUUUCCAUAAGAAACACCCUCUUAGAGAGACAAGGCGAGCUCUGGUUUAUGCUGUUACUGCUGAUGAUGAAGAAGACGAGGACGACACCAGUCAGGCUGCAGGAGUGUCAGCAACAUGGACCUGGACCACAAUCAUGUUACCAUGCCUCCAUCAGGACACUUACUACCCUAGCAGGCUUGACCAGAACCAAGAAGGAGUUGGUUAGAGGCAGCCAGAGACUGUUUACUGGCUGUUACUUUUCACUCCUCCAUCAGGCUUUUUCUUCACCUCCCUUUCAGCCUCAGUUUUGGUCUACUCUGUGCUGUCACCUGAAACCCUUGUGAGUACAUCCAUUGGUGAGUGGCUAAUCUAGCAGGCUGUAUAAUGUCCUAACACUGUGCUAUAAUUCAAUUUCAUAGAGUUUCUCAUAAAGGACAUUUCACCUCCUUGCGCAAAAAGAGCUUUUUUUCAGGUACAAUACAGAGACCAAACCAUUUCUCAUACGCUAAUACUGAUGUUUUUUUUUUUUUUUUUUUUUUUUUUUUUUUUCGAUAUCAGAUUUGGAAAUCCUUGUUAUUUAUAUUAUUUGUAAUAAUUUUUGUUUAUUACAGCACUGUAAUAGCUGUUUUGUCUUUAUUUAAGAGUAACAUCACUCCAGAAGAUUUCUUGCAGAGAAAAACGAUCAGAUCUGGCUAAAAAAUAAAAAAAUUAAAAAAGCACCAUAGCUGUAUUUCAACAAUCAACAUUUCAGUGCAGGAAUAAUUAUAUUUCAUGCUCUGGGUCAACUAUAUGGGUCAAACUUCAUGUUAUGUCUGUGCUAUCAUAAUUUUUUUCUGUAGUUUGUGCAAGAAAUUUUCUUUCCAUCACUCUCAAAUAUUUUACGUGACUGUGGGGACAAUUUUGAAAAAUUAUAUUUUAUGGUUCAUUGCACAUAUCUCAAGAGGGGUCUGUCUGCGUCCUGCAAGACUGCUACAAGACACCACCACUACAAGUUACGCCCCCUCCAAAUAACAAGCGAAAUCCUGAACUCCUGGAAAAGUUGGAUGCCACAUUCAUACACUGUGUUUGUUGUGUUUAUUUGGAGUUUAUCCAUAACGCUAAAGCUAACCAUAACCACAAUGAUUUCAAAAAUUAAAAGUUUGUCAAAUCCGCCAUAUCACUAGGUGGCGAAAGUGAGUAUAAAUGUGAUGAAAAUUAAGAGGAGAAGAAGCUUGCAGGAUACUAAGCUAUAAUGCUAACCGAUUAGCUUGUGAGCUAACCUGGAGAACACAGAACAAAGAAAUUAUUUUACCAUUUAUAUAUGUUUUUUUAUAAUUAUUAUUGUACAAGCAGAUAUAUUACAAACACCUUCAGGAAUACAGUAAAGAGUACUUUUAAAUUUCACAUUAAACAAGUAAGUUCAGUUUACCAUUUAUAUCUUCGAUUUAAUAAUUGUGGCAUAAUUUAAAAGUUAUUCUUUGUCAUAUUUAAAGAGUUAAGAGAAUGUGAAUCGUACAGCGAUUGCAUAGGCUUUUAAAAGUUCUUGUAGCCAGUAUAAUCUCUUUAUGAUCCAAGGGGGCAUUACAUAUAGUGGGCGUGUCGUGAAGUGGGUGUUUCUUGUAGUCUUGUGGGAUGCAGACAGAUACACUUGCAUAUUGCAGCAAUUCCAAGCUGAAAUGUCCACUGUGUGCUGCUAAAAGCAAGUUAAAUGUCCUGCUAAAUAGAUGAGGUUUUUAAGUUUAAUGCUCUAUCGAGUUUUAAAUCAACAAAAUCUACCACCCUACCCUAUACCAUAAACCUGUCAUAAAAGCAAAUGUGAGAUGAACAGCGCAAUUGCUGAAGCAACCACAUUAUUUUUCCGACUCACUUGCUCUUCAGAGAUCGUACCCUGGUCCUUUACAUCACAAGUGCAACACUAUUAGUUGAGCUACAGCACAAUUUGUUAAUACUCGAACAAGCUUCAAAAUGUAGUUGGUUAUGUAAUGCAAAUGUUAAAAUGUAGUCAUUAUGUUAUAGUAAAUGUGUUUAGAUUUCAUAAGUUAGCGUUGUGUGAGGAACAGGGCGAAAAGUAAUGAGCUCAGUUUAUGAACUGAUAAUCAGCCAUUUUAGUCGUGAUUUGUGUGAAAGGGAAUAAAACUGUUUUUGUAGCUCGUCUAGUGUUUAUUUCACCAGAAAACCACCACAAAACGUACUAUGAAGCAAGUAAAAAUAAUUUUGCAAUAAUGUAGGUAUUGUAAUGUGAUUUUAUGAGACCUGGUUGGAUAAAGAGAUGGAGUCUACCACCACUUGAAAUAGAUUCUCGAUAUUGUUUUAAUAUAGUUGUAGUGAAGUUCAUUUUGGCUUAAAGGGUUAAAAUGUAACUCCUUUUUCUCUUUACAUCUUGACAGCAUCUCCUUGGUGAUCAUGAUUUCAAGCUCAAUUACACUUCCUAUAGCGCCAUCUAGUGCUCUGUGCAUGCUUCAAGCACUAGGAAGUGUAAUCGAGCUUGAAAUCAUGAUUGUGCCUAUAGACUGCAAUGGCAAUAUGUACAGUGAAAAUGUUAUUAUAUUUUGGUCUGUUCUCACCCCAAAAAGAUUAGAUCACUUAAGAAGACAUUGAUUAAACCAUUGGAGUCAUAUGGAUUACUUUUAUGCUGACUUUAUCUCCUUUUUGGAGCUCCAAAGUUUUGAUUACCAUUCGCUUGCAUUGUAUGGACCUACAGAGCUGAAAUAUUCUUCUAAAAAUCUUAAUUUGUGUUCAGCAGAAGAAAGUUACACACAUCUGGGAUAGCAUGAGGGUGAGGAAAUAAUGAAAUUAUUAUUUUGUGUGAAUUUUCACUUUAAAAUUAAAAACAAAAUUAUGCAAUAUGGCAGAAACUGGAGGGUGCAGUUACUCUUAAAUAGUUUAGCUAGCUGUCGUUUCCGCCUGCGCAUGGAGAACGGCCCAGGGGCAUUUGAAUUAGUAUGAGUCAAAAAAAUAGCCAAAUAGACAUUGUAGAUGCCUUAUCUUAUCCCACACAUCAGAAAGUAAAUUCAACCAUGUCAGUGUUACAAGAACAGUGAAUUAAUAUACUAAUUCUGCACAGUUUCCUGUCCAGCUAACACAGAGCAGCACUAACUGCACGUCUCAAACCAUCAUGUUUUUUUGCUCAGCUUUAAUUGAAAAUGUUGAUUGUUUAUAUUCAGUUUGCCAUAUAAGCAGCUUGUGGUAAAUGUUGAAGAGUCUUGAGUUUAGUCUAUAAUGCAGUGUUCCUUAUGGUUGCUGUUCUAAAUUCUCUGACUGUAUAAAAAUCCAUUGUUGAAAUGACUCAGAUCUGUGUCUUUGCUGAAUUCAAACCAGCUCUUCUUUGUUUUGUGUUUGGACACAUAUGGUUAGAUCACAAAGUCUCUAUUGAUUAUUGCUAACAAGAGUCAUAAGACAGAAUGUGUGCCUAGAUGAAUCUGCUGGUUCACUUUACCACCACAUACACUCUAAUCAGGACUUUUGAUUUAAGCAAAUGUGUUGCAUAUCUUCAAACCAAUCAUUAAUGCCAAAAAUCAGUCAAUGUGAUGUUUGCUCUUUCUGUUAAAGGCAAAACACAAUGAAUGGAACUUAAAAAUGGAAGAGUGGUUUGGGGUUGCCUUACUCUUAAGUGUCAAAAACAUACAGUAUGCUUUGAAUAUUUGCAUAAUUUUUAUGUAAAUGUAAUUAUGACAAAUGAUUGGCCUUACUGGCUUCCAUUAAACUGCCUUUAGACUGCCCUUAUCCUACACCAUUUGAGUUGUUUUAUGUUUUUAGUCCUCAUACCUGAUCGAUGUUUGUUUUAUAUUGUUCCCAUAAUGUAUCUGUUCUGAUGGCACGCUCAGACAUUGUGAGGUGUUGUGUAAUAAAACAUUGAGAAGGCUUGGGUUAUUUUUCAUAUUAUUUUUUUAUUGUAUGGGACUAAAAAUUGGACAGCAUCCCUAUAACUAUAAACAAAGAAUUCCACCCAAAAGAUAUAAGGAUUAGUUGUGUAUGUUAAAACAACUCAGUUGGGGGAAACAUUAUUCUGAGAAAGUAGAGCCUUUUGAAAUAGGGAUUUCAGUCUACUUCUGUCUGCUCUGCGCAGGGCUUUUGUGCCCCCUUGUGGUGAGCCCCCUCGUAUGAUUUAUUUUGAAGUGUCCAUACUGUAUGUAAAUGACUGUAAUUGCUGUGCAGACUGGGAAGGAAAAAAAUGCAGCACAAAAUCCAUGCUGAAAACAGGGUAUGAAUUUUUAGACAUUGUUAUGCUUUCCUUUUAACUGCUGCUUUUGUGACCGUUUCCUGUGCAAUCAUCAUUGUAAAUACAGCUUUUUUUUGUACAUACUGCCCAGAAAAUCUGAAACAAAUAAACAUAAGUGUGAU